AUGGCCCGAGCGGAAGUUAAAAGGGAAGGUGAUGAUUAUGACAUUCCAAAUGAAGCAGAUGACAUUCGUUUGAUGAAUGAAAGUCGGGUGGAACCUUAUCAUGGUUGCGAAGUUGGUCCGAGCAAUGAAGAAGUAACCAACAUGAACGUUGAAGAUGACGGAGCCGAUGUGAAAAAAGAAAUGGUUGACGAUGCUUAUGGCAAUGACAUGUUUGGUGAUGUUGAACGUGCUAUUCUGGAACAGAAAUUUGAUCCGGUCGAAGAUGGAGAAGCUUUCUACAACGCGUAUGCUAAAGCCAAGGGAUUUAGUAUACGAAAAUCCAGAUUUAACACAAAUAAAGAGGGAAAGGUCGUUAGUAGGCUGUGGUUGUGUUCAAGGGAAGGCCAGAGAUUACCAAUAUACUUGGACCGUGUUGCUGAGAAGAGUAGAGCUCCCAAGGCACUAACAAGAGUAGGUUGCAAAGCCCAAUUUCGCAUACGGUACGAUGCAAAUGCUGGUGAAGGGGGAAAGUAUGUUGUGACUCACUUCGUCGCAGACCACAACCAUGAAUUGGCGGAACAACACUGUGUGAUGUAUCUGAGGUCACAUCGCAAUUUAAACAAUGUUGACAAAGCUCAAGCAAUGGCUAUGCGCAACGUCGGUGUGAAGACUAGCCAAAUCAUGGACUAUAUGGUAAAUCAAUCCGGGUCUUAUGAGAAUGUUGGUUUCGUCCGUACGGAUCUGCACAACCAUAUUUAA